UCCUAAUAGUAUAGUUGCCAACCAAGAAAUAUAUACACAAAGAUGGUUCUUGAUAACACAUCCUCAAUAAUCCAACCUGAUUACGAUCGUAAAGCUGAACUAAUAGCAUUCGAUGAAACCAAAACCGGUGUCAAAGGACUUGUCGAUACUGGAAUCACGAAAAUCCCACGUAUAUUUCUCAUACCUUUAGAUGAAAACAUCAAAUCGUCUGACCAACCAUUACUUCCAAAACCAAUUCCUCCAACGAUCGACUUAAAUGGAAUCAAUGAAGACCCAACAAGGCGAAAGGAGGUGAUAGAGAAAGUGAAGGACGCGCUAGAGAGCUGGGGGUUCUUUCAGAUUGUGAAUCAUGGAAUUCCGGAAAGUAUGCUAGAAGAUAUGAAGAAAGGGGUGAUUGGGUUUCAUGAACAAGAUAGUGACGUCAAGAAAGAGUGGUACACAAGGGACGGGCAAUGUAAGGUGGUUUAUAACAGCAAUUUUGACUUGUAUGCUGCACCGGUUACUAACUGGAGAGACACUCUUUUAUGCUCUAUGGCUCCUAAUCCUCCUCAACCCGAGGAGUUACCACCACCUUGCAGGGAUAUAUGGCCAGAGUACUCGAGUCGUGUGUUAAAGCUUGGAGGUUGUCUGUUAGAGUUAAUAUCGGAGGUUCUUGGACUCCAUCCUAAUCACCUUUUGGAAAUGGGGUGUGCUGAAGGCCUUGCUGUUCUUGGCCAUUACUAUCCUUCUUGCCCACAACCUGAGUUAGCAAUAGGUACCCCCAAUCACACCGACAGUAGUUUCAUCACAGUUCUUCAACAAGAUCAUGUUGGUGGCCUCCAAGUGUUUUAUCAGAACCGGUGGAUAGACGUUCCUCCCAUCCCCGGAGCUCUAGUAGUAAAUGUGGGCGAUCUACUACAGUUGAUUACAAAUGACAAGUUUGUAAGUCCACAACACAGAGUGUUAGCAAACAAGAACGGUCCAAGAGUAUCAGUGGCUUCGUUCUUUUCAACAAACAAGAUUCCAACCUUGAAAGUGUUCGAGCCGAUUCAGGAGUUGCUUUCUGAAGCGAACCCAGCCAAGUAUAGGGGCACAACAGUGAAAGAAUAUGCAGAUUACUACUCGGCAAAGGGACUUGAUGGCACUUCUCCCCUUUUACAUUUCAAGAUCUAGCUCCCUCGCUCAUAGUAGUUUACGCUAAAUAUCAUGGCUUGAUUCAAGAUGAAACUUAGUCUUAUGGUUGUCAUAUACUCCGUAGUAAUUUCUUCUUCUAGUUUGAUGAUUUUCAUAUACAUACCGUAUGUAAAAAGAUACUGAUCGUCCAAAUUUUCAUUUGAAACUAUAUCCUCACUUCAAAAUCUCUUGUAAUCCACAAGGAUUAACAUAUAAAUAAACGUUCAAUGUUUAUAUGAUCA